AUGGCAACCAACAAAGAAGUCCAGCAGUCGCUCAUGCACGAGCUGAAAGACAUCGGCGAGCUCAAGCUCUACCAUUCCGAAGACACGGCAACUAUCGAGUCCAGAAAGGGCAACCUCGGCCUCGCCGAGAAGUUCCAGUUCGAGCAGUCUCUCCCAGGCUUCUCUACGGGCAUCGAUAUACCAGGUCGCUUUGACGCUGAACUUGCAUCCUGCGUGGUCCAUGGUACUAUGCCCUCGGAGAUCGACGGAACAUUCUACCGUAUCGUGUGCGACCAGAUCUGGGCCCGCCGCAACAAGGUAGACCCCAACAACCCCAGAGACAUCUGGAUCAAUGGCGAUGGAGCCGUUGACGCGUGGCGCAUCUCCAAUGGCGUUGUCGACUUUAAGCAGAAGUAUGUGCGCACACCACGCUUCGUGUUUGAACGCAUCGCUCGGGAACCUCUCUUUGGAAGCUAUCGAAAUAUCUUCUCUGGCGAUCCGAGGGUGAAGGACGAAGUUCAAUCUCCGGGCAACGUGCACGUUCAUUUCUUCAGGGAAAAGCUGCUCAUCCCCAAAGAUGAUAGCCCUCCCAUCCUCAUGGAUCCUGAUACACUGGAGACAUUUGGAUUGACCGACUUUGACGGCCAGCUGAACUCCAUGUCAUUUACGUCUCAUCCAAAGGUGGACUAUUCCACGGGCGAGCUUCUUGGAUUUGGAAUGGAGGCCUCAGGAAUUGGUUCGAACGACCUUGUUUACUAUCUAUUCGACAAGGACGGAGUGAAACAGGAGGAAUGCUGGGUCAAGACUCCGUUUGUCGGAUGGUCACACGAUUUCGCCUUCUCUGACAAUUGGAUUCUGUUCGGGUUGCUCCCAUACGAGACUAAUGUUGAUUUUAUGAGAAAUUCUGGGGAGGCCCAGUUUCGCUUCAAUAGAUUUCUGCCUUUGACCUUUGGUCUUUUACCAAGACGAAAUCCCAAACCGGAGGACAUCAAAUGGUUUUACGGCCCCAAGAACCACGGAUGGGUGCAUUUCUCCAACCACUUCGAGGAGAAUGGCAAAUUCUACUUUGACCUUUUCUUCACCGAUGGCGAUGGGUUAUCGUCGUUCGUAGAUGCUCACCCUGAGCUCGGGCCCUCGAAUCCCAAUAGGAUGGUUGGGAAGCUUGUUCGAUUCACCAUCGAUCCCAAAGCAGAAUCGAAUAAACUUGAUCUGCCACAGGUCCUCAGCCACGUCAAUGGUGAGAUGGCCCGCAUCGACGACAGGUAUGUCGGCAAGCCCUACAGGCACACUUGGGGCGUCAUCUGGGGCAGCGGCUUGUGGGACGGUAUAGUGCACGUCGACACUCACACUGGCGUGUCUAAGGUGUGGCAAGGCGGUGACACGGUCAUGGUCCAUGAGCCUUGCUUCGUUCCCAGGAGCAAAGAGGCACCCGAGGGAGAUGGCCACCUGGUGUGUGUUGCGAGAGACAAGAGGCGCGAGAUCACCUACCUGAUCAUCCUGGACGCACAGAACAUCACUGCGGGACCUGUUUGCCUGGUGGAGAUGCCACUGAGACUUCACGUGGCAGCGCAUGGUAACUGGGUCAAUGCGUGGGAUAGAAGCGUACGAAAGCCGCUGGUUGACUACAGCGGAGCGACACCUGAACUGCUUGCAAAAUUCUCUACUGGCGCUCCGAAGCCAUACGACGAAGUUUGGGGCAAGCCAGUGGUCACCAAAUACCCGGGUCGCUGGCCAUUUCCGGUUCAUGAGGAGGCCAAAGGAUAUCCCAACGGCAUUGACACUGAUUAG